AUGGGAACCAAAAGAGGAAUUUGGUUGCUAGAAAAUGUGCCUAGUGGUGAGUUUUUAGGAGCUCGGCUCCUUUCAAAGGAACAAGUACUAUUAGUUUUUAUUUAUCACCAUAAGGAUAUGAAAGAAACACUUUCGGAAGCUAAUAAAUCUACCAGUACUAAACUACAGGAAGUGUGGAGGAAAGCAGGUAUCCCUGUUAAGACAGAGGAGAAUAUACGCGCUGGUAUACAGAAGCUAUACAAAGAAUUCCAAAAUCUAGGUAAAGCUAACUCUAGAAACACAGAUAAAGCUAACGUAAAACGACAGAUUUGGAAAGGUGAUCUUGUUGAGUUAUUUGAUAUUUCUUGGCAAAAUGUGAUGGAAUUGACAACCUUAUCGGAAGAAGAUAAAGCAUUUCUUAGAUCACAAAGAGAAGACCGAAUGAGUUCAUCAAUGACUGGAGUAGACAAUGUUUUCGUCUCCAAAAUAAGAACUAAAUGUACAAAAGAAGACAAAAAGUAUUCAUAUAAGAAUAAACAUUACAGAGCUAUAGCUCAAAUGAAUAACACAGUAAUACUGGAAACAUCUGCACCUAGUGACGAAGAGGACGAAUUUUUGCCUCUGGCAAAGAAAAAAUUACGUUCAAGUCCUAGAUUAAAACCUUUGGAUCAAACACUUACGUCUACUUGGGAUCGAGAACAACUCUCUAUUAGGCAAGCAAGUACCUCUUUUAUAGCAACUGCAAAGAGCCUUGGCCACGAUGUUUCAAAAAUUUUCGUAUCUCCAUCCACCGUUUACCGAGCUCGGGUGGCCAAUAGAAGAAAAAUGGCAAUUGCGGACGCUUUUUCAAAAUCCUCCUUCUUUGGUCUUGCAUUGGGAUAG